ACGAUGGUCUCGACACGUCAAAUGACUGGCGCAACCUCGGAUGAAUCAAACUUGCAUUUAUAUCGUGUACUACCAACGACAACUUCUACACCAUCUUCGCCAUCCCUUAUGGAUCUCCCGACGGAACUAUUGGAACAUAUAUUUUCGUUUUUGGGAUAUAAAAAAAUCGGACAUAUGAGAGUGUUGUCACGUCAAGUUAAUCAUGUAUGCAGCUCGAUAUUGAAUUCGACAUUUCAGAAAUUACAAAACCAGAUGCAUACGCGAUUUCAAAAUGUAAAAGCAAAGAUGCCUCGCAGAGAAUCUGCUCGUCGUAAUCAUCCUUUGGCAUGUGAAUGUGAUAUCCUGGAAACAUGUUAUAUGCGUCUUUCUUUAUUACAAAUGACAUUUGGCAAACAUAUCGAAAGGAAGCACUGUUGUUUUUUUCCAGGAGGGAUAUUGGAUGAAGUAUAUUCGGUUCUAAAUUACAUUCGUACAUCACCGGCCUUAGACCGGCCAUACAAGGUGACCGACGAACUGUUCGAUCUUUCAACGAUGGCAAUGGAAUAUUUCAAGGAACACAUAGAGCCAAAUUUACCUGACAUUGCUUACUUCAGUAAGUUUUUUCUUGUGCUCUGCAGAACUACAAAAUCAUUUACGGCCCUGGAGACUUCAUCAUCCAUACUGUCUCGUGAUACAUCACAUUCUAAUUCAUCAUCACCUCCCCAGAGCAAUAUGGUUUUGAGGAAGGGUAUACGAAAAAUUAAGCAGGGCAUGAAGCGAUACAAUAAUCAGCUGUCCGUAUUGCGCAGCGAAUUGCGAACUUGCAAAAGAAAAGCGACGGAGCAAACGAAAACCAUAACGGAACAUCAAAAACUUCUAGCCGAGCAACAAAAACAAACAUUAGAAUUCGCUAACAGACUUGAUGAAACAGACAAAAAAAAUGACGAACUCUCUAGAAAAUUUUCUACUGUUUUACAGGAGCUAAAUAAGUGCAAAACGGAAUUACAAUAUUGGAGAUCCAAAAGCCCAGCAACAACGAAUUGCAAUCCGCACGGACAAUUUUUUCUUCCGCAUGAACUUCAAGCGCUGGGUAGUCAACCUGUUACUUCUGAUGACAUCGAGCACACUGUGCAGAACCGCAUGGCACUGCGUACGGCGAGUCACGGCAUCAAAAAAAAACAAAUUGAUCAGAUUUCAAACUAUCCGACCGAUUGA